AUGUUGUGUGCCGGUUUUAGUUGGGGUUCACUUGACAGCAAAGUGUUAUCCAAGUUCCUGAAUGAGGAGGUUUGGAUUUCAAGAGAAGAAAGCAAAAAGGCUUUAGAUAAGGCACUUUCAAAAGUGACAACAAUCCUUCAGUGUAUGGAGGAAAGAGAUCCUAGAUUCGGCUCACAGCCCCACAAAUCUGGGAGCUAUAUAGAAAGGCUACAGGUUUCUGAUCCAGAUGAAUUUGAUUUCAUGGUACCUUUGGAGGAAUUCCCAAAGCUAGUGCCGGUGAAAGUGCCAUUCCAGCUACAGCUGCAGCAUCCGUCUCCACCAGUAGAUAAGAGCUAUGUUGCCGUCUGCCUUCAUCUCUUCCCAUAUACAUCUCCCUGGCAGAAAAAUGAUGUUUCAGAAUUAGUGCAAGAAGGACGCAUCAUCAUACCUAAAAAGGUCAUGUCAACAUUCAAGAAAAAUGUGAUCCAAGCUCUUGAGACUAUGAAGCAACGAGGUUCUGUCGAUGUUCACCAGCUUCGUCAAGGCACCCCAGCAGUGACUUUCACCAUGACUCACAAUAGAAAUGAGAUUGAUGUUGAUCUGGUGCCAUUCAUCAAGGAUCCAUUUGUUACCUGGAGCCUGCCUUGGCCCCGAUUCUUGCGAGCAUGGCCUUCCACUGACAAGAUUGAAAAAGUAAAAAAGACAGGGGUUGACCUGGUAGCUAAGCAUCCUUUAUAUUGGAGAUACUCCUUCUCGCGUGCUGAAAGGGUUCUGCUGGAAGGUAUUGAUUCUGAUGGUGGGUGCAGAAGAGCCAGCCUACAGAUCCUGAAGAAGAUUCGGAUUGAUUUCUGGGAACGAAAAUUUGGAAAGGUGUUGGUAUCAUAUCAUCUAAAGACCGUCUUGUUUUGGGCAUGUGAGGCAUAUCCACAAUCAUGUGACUGGACGGACCUAUCGACAUCAUUCAAGAGACUGGUGGAUAUACUUAUAUAUUCCCUAUCACAUAUGCAUCUUCCUCACUAUUUCCUGGGGUCAGACGUUAACCUGUUCAGAAAAGACUGCUGGCCAAAACUAUACAAUUUAUGCUAUGAAGUGAAAAAAUUCAGAAGAAACCCGGAAUGGUAUCUAGAAGAAGACUGAAUUAUGGACUCUGUCCCUGCCAGAUUUUCCACCUGUUAUGUGAGAAAGAUGAGGGAUAUUAAUUAGUUCAAAACACAAGAAUGUGAACUUUAAUAAACACUGCU